UAAACUAACGUCAUACACACACACACAGACCCACACAUGCAGGGACGGCUGUGUGUUGCCAGAGCAGAGGCUGAUUAAACCCUCAGCACGUUGGCUCCCUGUGCCACUCCUGGAAAAUAAUGAAUUGGAUAAAGAACAGUUAAUAAGAAAAUGUGCCUUGCUAACUGUGCACAUUACGACAAAGAGCUGGCAGCUCCUGAAGGAAAAGGGCUUGUGCUGCUGCCGUUCAAACUUGUCAGUCAGCUCGUGCCAGCAGCCUCAGCGUCUGCCUCCCCAGCACUCCCUCAUUACAUGUGUCUGUCUGGCCUGAUCUGUGCAUCUGCUCAGAGACGCUCCUGACAAGUCGGGAAUUUCUCCAUUUCUCCACUGCUGCGGAGUGGAUUUCUGCCUGCUUCUCUUCUGUCACUCCCGCUCCUCUCCCCAAGGAGGCUCCUUGAUUUAUGGUAGCUUUGGACUUCCUUCACCGUCUGCCUGUCCUUGACUUCUAGAAUGGAAGAAGCUGAGCUGGUGAAAGGGAGACUCCAGGCCAUCACAGAUAAAAGAAAAAUACAGGAAGAAAUCUCACAGAAGCGUCUGAAAAUAGAGGAAGAAAAACUAAAGCACCAGCAUUUGAAGAAAAAGGCCUUGAGGGAGAAAUGGCUUCUAGAUGGAAUCAGCAGCGGAAAAGAACAGGAGGAGAUGAAGAAGCAAAAUCAGCAAGACCAGCACCAGAUCCAGGUUCUAGAACAAAGUAUUCUCAGGCUUGAGAAAGAGAUUCAAGAUCUUGAAAAAGCUGAACUGCAAAUCUCAACCAAUGAAGAAGCAAUUUUGAAGAAAUUAAAAUCAAUUGAGAGGACAACAGAAGACAUAAUAAGAUCUGUAAAGGCAGAAAAGGAAGAAACAUUACAAGAGUCAAUUGAGGACAUCUAUGCUAAUAUACCUGACCUUCCAAAAUCCUACAUACCAUCCAGGUUAAGAAAGGAGAAAAAUGAAGGAAAAGAAGAUGAUGAACAAAAUAGAAAAGCUUUGUAUGCUAUGGAAAUCAAAGUUGAAAAAGACUUGAAGACUGGAGAAAGUACAGUUCUGUCUUCAAUACCCCUCCCAUCGGAUGACUUUAAAGGUACAGGAAUAAAAGUUUAUGAUGACGGGCAAAAGUCAGUGUAUGCAGUGAGCUCUAAUCACAGUGCAGCAUACAACGGCACCGAUGGCCUGGCACCAGUCGAAGUAGAAGACCUUUUAAGACAAGCUUCAGAGAGAAGCUCUAAGUCCCCCACAGAGUAUCAUGAGCCUGUAUAUGCCAAUCCGUUUUGCAGGCCUACAACCCCACAGAGAGAAAAGCUAACCCCUGGACCAAACUUUCAAGAAAGGGUAAAGAUUAAGGCUAAUGGACUGGGCAAUGAUGGAAAUAAAUCCAUACACAAUAUGGACAACGGACCUUCAGAGGAACAGGGCAACAACGUCAAUCACACCAGUCCCAUUCGGCCAAUACCUUAUCCCAGGUCAACGAAUCAACAAGCAGAAGAGACUCUCCCCACCCCACAAAAGAGGCUGAUGAGUCCUUGGGAAGAAUCCAAUGUCAUGCAGGACAAAUAUGCGCCCUCUCCAAAGGCAAGACUGAGCCCCAGGGAAACAACAGUUGGGAAGUCAGAACACCAAGGUUCUCCGCCCACGUGCCAGGAUGAGGAAGAUGUUAGAUACAAUAUCGUUCAUUCCCUGCCUGCUGACAUGGAUGGUACAGAACCUGUGACAAUGAUUUUCAUGGGAUAUCAGCAGGCAGAAGACAGUGAAGAAGAAAAGAGGCUUCUGACAGGGUACGAUGGGAUCAUCCAUGCUGAGCUGGUUGUGAUUGAUGAGGAGGAGGAGGAGGGUGAAGGAGAAGCUGAGAAGCCGUCCUACCACCCAGUAGCUCCCCACAGUCAGGUGUACCAGCCAGCCAAACCAACACCACUUCCUAGAAAGAGAUCAGAAGUUAGUCCCCAUGAAAACACAAACCAUAAAUCUCCUCACAAGAACUCCAUAUCUCUGAAAGAGCAAGAAGCAAGCUUAGGCAGCCCUGUUCACCAUUCUCCGCUUGAUGUUCAGAUACCUGGAGAUGGGACUGAGGAUCCAUCUUUAACAGCUUUAAGGAUGAGAAUGGCAAAGCUGGGGAAAAAAGUGAUCUGAGAGGUGUACCAACCCACAUAAACAUCCACUGAAGAAGAAACUAAGAAACGUUUGCAAAUUUCUCUUCUGGAUAUUUUUUGUUUCCUUUUUCUGAAGUUCAAAAAAUUAUAAUUUCCCAUAUUAAGCCAUGUGAAUAAGUAGUAGUCAUUAUUUGUGAAGAAUUCCAAAAAAGCUUGGUGAAAUGAAUGCUUAACUUUUCCUAUUACUUGACAUGAUUCAGUGGGGAAAAAACCAGCAUAUUUUUAUUGUAUUGAUACCAAAGCAUUUCUAAUAAGAGCUUGUUAAGUUUAAGAAUAAAGUUAUUUAAAAUAUCCUGA